AAAUUAAACUUGAAAAUUCAACAGAAAAUUUUAAAUCAUUUUCAAAACUCUCUAACAAACUAAGUUCUCAAUCCAAAUCCAACCAAAUCCCAAUAAGCAACCGUAAAUCUCUCAAAAUGUACUCCACAUUGCUGUGUUAUCCCACUUGAAAAAUGGCGACUGAAACAGCAAAUAACAACACCUAGCAACAUGUUGCACAACGUAGGCAACAUUUUUAAUUUUCAACUUUUCCAAACAUAAAACAAUUAAAGAACCCCUAAACAAACACAACUCCAAAUGAAUGCCAAUCAAUUGGCAGCGGAAGUGACAGUGAGAGCAACACCAACGACAACAAAAACAACAACAACAACAACAACCGGCAAUACAACUAACAAUAGCAAUGACAAUAGCAACAUUGAUGUUGCAGACGACUCCAUGAAUCUAAGCAUUUUGGGGAAACACGAAAAAAUCGCCAAACACCUGAAGAGUGUAGCCGCAGCCGGAGGAGGAGGAGGAGUAGGAGGAGGUGGAGGCGCAGCUGGUGUCAGAACCGAAGCGAAUGAUGAGAGCAGCAGCAAUAACAACAACAAUAGCAAUAAAAGCACUGCCUAUGAAGCCAAACAGAAUGGACAAUACCGUGAGAACGACGAACAACAACAACAGCAACAGCAACAACACCAUCGUGUAAAUGGCGAAAAAUCAGCGGUGCACAACAGCAAUAGCAAUAGUGGUGGCGGUGGCGGUGGCAGCGGCAGCGACAGUGGCAGUGGCAGUGGCUUUUCGAAACAUGAAAGUCGCAGCGACUCACCUCCAGCGGUCAGGCAGCACACACGUGCCAAGGAUGCAGAGGCAGCGUCAAUUAGGACGCAUUUGAAUGACAGAAGAGAGUGUGGUGGUGAUGCCGAUGAAGCGGGUGGCGAGUUUGAACACCUACACACAGCCACCAUCAUAAAGACACCGCUAAAUAAGACGCUGUUAAAGCGCUGCAGCAGUAGCAGCAGCAGCUACAAUACACACGGCAGCGGCAGCAAUGGUAGCAGCAGUAGUAAUGGACCGGGACCUGGACAUGGACAUGACAGCGCGCCGGCUACACCAAAUGAUACUAGCUCAUCUUGUGCCGCUGAGCUGCCGAUCAACUGUAGCGCCAAGGAUUCGACGCAGUGUGAACAACACCUAUCGCCUCGUGCCGCCGCCGCUGAGCAGGCAACAUUCAAUGGUGGUGCUGAAGGCAGUGGCGGCGGAUCGUCACCGUCCGCCUCCACGUCCACGUCCACGUCGGCGGCGUGUGGUUUCUUGCAUAAAAUGCCUACAACCAUAACGCCAACAACAACAAGUGAGGAAAAUGAUUCGAAAUGUAGUAAAUGCAACAACAACAAUAAUAUUCACUACAACAACUACAAUUGUUACUAUCGCAAAAAGUCGCGCAUGCCGAUAUGCCGAAUUAUGACACUGAGCCGUGGCCCGUACAGCGAGCUCGAUAAAAUGAGCCUUUUUCAGGAUCUAAAACUGAAACGACGAAAAAUCGAUUCAAGAUGCAGCAGUGAUGGCGAAUCAGUAGCCGAUACCUCCACCUCCUCGCCCGAUCUACUCGCACCGAUGUCGCCGAAAAUGUGUGAUACCGGUGGGGCCGGCGCAGGCGGUGGCGGCACACAUGGCAGCGGCGGUGCACUCUCCUCUCUGCCAUUGCCCACCGCCGUGGUAACGCUGACGGCAACCUCCACCAUUGCACCUAACAGCGUAGCCUCAGCCACUGUCUGCUCCAGCAGCAUGACAACUGCCACCAGCAGUAUAACCGGUCACAAUGUAUGCGCGCCAACGCCACCGCCCAGCAGUGCCGCUACAGCGGUCGUUGUAGCCGCCGGCAAAGCGGCAACAAUGAAGGGUGAGCAGCAGAAGCACCAGCAGCAGCAACAACAACAGACUGAAAUUCACUCGUCCAGCGGUGCUGUAAGCGCAGCAGCCGCCUCGUCUGUGAUGUCACCACCACCGCCGUCAACCGCAACUGUGCGCAUGUCACCAGCGCCAGCGACUGAUUUGAGCUUGCCGGCGGGAAGACGUACGCCGAGCAAUACAACACCGACACGUGCCACACCGACGCCACCGCAUAAUAAUGGCAAUGCGAGCAGUAGUUGUGGCACAAGUAAUGGCGGUGGCAGCAGUCGAGCGUCACCAGACUCAAUGGAUGAGCGUCCGUCGACGACGACGAGCACCACCACAACGGCCGGUACACAAAUGUCUACGAAUGGCAUACACGGUGGUGGUGCGAAUAGCGGCUUGGGUCACGCAGCGAACAGCGCGAGUGGUGAAUGCAUGUCGGCCGCGGGUGGUGGAGAGUGUGGCGUAGGCGGCAAUUUGAGUGUCAUACGUUCCGUGAAAGAGGAACGCAUUGCAGCGUCGCCAACAAAAAUGCUAUCCUUUCAGCAGCAACAGCAAAUGCAAUAUCAACAGCAUACGCAAUCCGCGCCAUCGCCCACACAAUCCAAAGGUGUCACGCAGUCGCAGCAACACGUGAGUGUGCUGGUGACACCAUCACGCAUAAAGUCUGAAUUAUCACCGCAACAACAGCAGCAGCAGCAACAGCAUGUGCCACAAAUGCCGCCCUCAUCGCUGCCGGCGCAUCUCACACACCACCCAGCCUAUUCCACGUCGUCGUCCGCGCCAGCCGCCUCGUCGUCGACAUCCAUCUCCGGCACAGUGACCACAACGAGCAGCGUCAGCUCUGCAUCGUUGCAUGCGAGCUCGCCAUCUCCCACGCCAUUGCCGUCAGCGGCGGCAACGUCGCUUCAUUCACAUAUACACCCACACCCGCCACCGCCCAUCGUACAGACACAUCAUCUACAUCAGCAGCUCACACAACCGCAACUGCGCAAGAGCAGUCCACCCUCGGGCUUGGCACUGCCGCAACAGAAUUUAUUCAAUCAAUCCAUGCAACACUUGACCCAACAGCAACAACUGCAGCUGCUGCAACAGGCGGCCGCGAUGUCACGCCCGACACAAAUGUCGCCAAAUGCCAUCAGCUCGUCACCGAGCUCGCGCCACCAGUCCAGCGCUUCGUCGCCACACCAGCAUCUGCUGCAGCAGCACCAUCACCAGCAACAACAACAACAGCAGCAGCAACAACAGCCACAGCAUUUACGCAUCAAGAAGGAGCCGGCGCAGUUGUUGGCGGCGGCCGCGGGCAGCUUACUGGGUAAUAGCGGCGGUGCUCAACGUCACCUGCACUCGCCCCACCACCACCACCCAUCGUCGCCGCAGCAUCAGCAGCAGCAACAGCAAACGCCACCACAACUGCCGCCACAGGCGCUCAGCAACAUAGCGCAACUGAUACAUCCGGCGUCGCUGCAAUUGCGUCAUCCCAACCGUGAUGCGGCCAUUCUCUUUCGCGUAAAGAACGAGGUGCAUCAGCAAGUGGCAGCCGCGCAGCUAAUGCAACCCGGCGCAGCAGCAGCUGCUGCAGCGGCUGCACAACGCAUGGUCUGGGUCUCGAAUGCGCGCAUAAAUGGCGUUAAACCGGAAGUUAUUGGUGGUCCACUGGGCAGCUUGCGACCCGGUGGUCCAGCGCAAUCGCCUUCGCCACACCACUCUUCGUCCUCCUCGUCGUCACAACUGUCGCCACAAACGCCUUCACAAACACCGCCGCGCGGCACGCCAACCGUCAUCAUGGGCGAGAGCUGUGGCGUGCGCACAAUGGUUUGGAGUUACGAGCCUGCACCACCAACAGCUGGUCCCUCACCCACCCACAGCGGUAGCAAUAGUAAUAGCGGUGGUGGUCUCCAUCAGACGCCGCCCUCAACGCCACAGCACCAGCAUGCCCAGCAGCAGCAGCACCCACAUCAGCACCAACCGCAGCCCUCCUCUAUGUCAUCGCUCUCACAACAGUCACAUCACUCGUCACAGUCAUCAUUACAGUCGGCCUCUUCGCCAUCGGCGGGCUCUAUAACGCCCACACAUACGCCAGGACCAUCGCCGCAAAACAACGAGGAAGCUGCACAACUGCUGCUCUCACUCGGCCAGACACGCAUACAGGAUGUACGGCCACGGCCACAUCAGUUUCGUACGCCACACGCGCUCAAUAUGGAACGUCUGUGGGCGGGCGACUAUUCACAGUUGCCGCCCGGGCAAAUACAUGCGCUGAACUUGAGCGCCCAACAGCAAUGGGGCAACUCGAAUGCGACGGGCUUAAAUCGUGGCUUGGAUAUGCCACACGAGCCGACGGACGAAGACGAUCAACCAUUGGUGUGCAUGAUCUGUGAGGACAAGGCGACCGGCUUGCAUUAUGGGAUCAUCACAUGCGAGGGUUGCAAGGGUUUCUUCAAACGCACCGUGCAGAAUCGGCGUGUCUACACUUGCGUGGCUGACGGCACCUGCGAAAUAACCAAAGCACAACGUAACCGGUGUCAGUAUUGUCGAUUUAGAAAGUGCAUUGAGCAGGGCAUGGUGUUGCAAGCCGUACGCGAGGAUCGCAUGCCGGGCGGACGCAACAGCGGCGCCGUCUACAAUCUCUACAAGGUCAAGUAUAAGAAACACAAAAAGUCCAAACAGCAGCAGCAGCAACAACAACAAUCCCAACAACAGCACAUGCACUCGCCACACCAUCAGUCGCCGCUCUCGCCACACCACCAACAACAUCUGCUCUCACCACAACAACAACUGCAUCAGCACCAGCAACAAUUGGCCGCAGCGGCUGCCGUCGCCGCCGCCGCACAGCAUCAGCAUUCGAAACUGUUGUCCGCCACGCUGGGACAGGGUGAAAUGAAGCCCAUGUUCUUGGGCCCCUCCAUCAAGCAGGAGCACCUCCAACAGCAGCAACAGCAGCAGCAACAGCAACAACAUGCACAACAGCAGGCCGCUAACCAACUGCAUUCACCACAUCACCAACAGUUGAACUCGCCACACCACACAUUGCAUGGCUCGCCGCACGGCUCGCUGCCAACGCACUCCAGCUCGGUCAGCUCGCUACACAGCCCGCUCUCACACGCCGGUGGCCCAACGUCUUUACCGCCGCACACCUCCUCAUCAUCCUCAUCCUCUUCGUCGGCCUCAUCGGGUGGCAGCUCGCAACAGGGUUCGUCGCAUCAUGCGCUGCACUCACCGCUACAUCAUCUAUCCCAUGGCCAUCAUCUACAAACGAACGCCACACAUCCGCCAGCGCACGCGCCGCAGCUGCAGCUGCAUCAGCAACACCAACAGCAACAGCAGCAGCAGCAACACGCACAGGCGGCGGCUGCAGCGGCGGCGGCGGCAUCGCAACUGCAAGAGACUGCCAUCAAAUUGCCCUCGCAUUUGGUUAACGGUACAAUACUUAAGACUGCCCUCACGAAUCCCAGCGAAAUCGUGCAUUUACGUCAUCGUCUCGAUUCCGCGGUGAGCUCGUCGAAGGAUCGUCAGAUCUCGUAUGAGCAUGCGCUCUCCAUGAUACAAACCCUCAUCGACUGUGAUGCCAUGGAAGACAUCGCCACAUUGCCGCAUUUCUCGGAGUUUCUCGAAGACAAGUCGGAAAUUAGCGAAAAGCUCUGCAAUAUUGGCGAUUCCAUUGUGCAUAAGCUGGUGUCGUGGACAAAGAAGCUGCCGUUCUAUCUGGAGAUACCCGUCGAGAUACACACCAAGCUGCUGACGGACAAAUGGCAUGAGAUACUCAUACUCACCACGGCGGCGUACCAGGCAUUGCAUGGCAAGCGCAACACGCCCAGCACAACAACACCCGGUGGCGUUGGUGGCGCUUCGUCCACCACCAGCACGAGUGGCCGCACCAGCAUUGGUGGUGCACAACCACCACACUCGCCCGUUGGCUCAGCCAAUCAUCACCACAAUCAUCAUCAUCACACGCAACACAUGACCGGUUCACCGCAUGCGACGAGUAGCAGUAUAAAUUUGCUCCAUCAUCAUCAUCAGCAGCAUCAAAUGCAUGGCGGUGCCAGCUCACCACCUCUACCAAAGGAAGAUCCCGAGUUCGUUGACGAGGUAAAUGCUCACCUGCUGACGUUGCAAACGUGCCUCACCACGCUGAUGGGUCAACCCAUCGCUAUGGAGCAGUUGAAGUUGGAUGUGGGUCAUAUGGUGGACAAAAUGACACAGAUCACCAUCAUGUUUCGCCGUAUCAAGCUCAAGAUGGAGGAGUAUGUUUGUCUCAAGGUGUACAUUUUGCUGAAUAAAGCAGAAGUGGAACUGGAGAGCAUACAGGAACGUUACGUGCAGGUUCUUCGCACGUAUUUGCAGCACUCCUCGUCGCAGAAUCCACAAGCGCGUCUGACGGAAUUGUUGUCUCACAUACCCGAGAUCCAAGCUGCUGCUAGUCUAUUACUCGAAAGUAAAAUGUUUUACGUUCCCUUCGUCUUGAAUUCGGCCAGCAUAAGGUAGCAAAUGCUUGAACGCGGAC